AAACAAUUUAAUAACUUUUCUUGCUCCCUUUGAUAGAAAAGGUUAUUAUAAUGCAUAAAUUAUAAAUAAAUAAAGAUUUCAAUGUUAAUUUUAUUGAUUUAGUUUCUUAAGUAACUUUGUAUGAGUUGUGCUUGUACCAUGAGUUCUGCUGUAAAUGGAUUACCCCACCUUGUCAGUCGUAGUUGAAUCAACUUGCAGCCCCGCAUAAAUCUGCGUGGAAAACCCGCAGCCAACCGAGAUCGACCGUAUAAAACCAAUCACGAAAACAAUUUUAACACAGUCUUCGUCAAAAUCUUCUCCAAGUGAAAAUCAUGGUGGCGGGACUUUUGCUGUUUUUGGCGUGUCUGAUUGGUGCACAGGCCACUCCGUUCCUGCUGAUGGAAAAAUACAUCGAAGAUUUUCAGAAUGGUUUGAAGGAAUUGCACGAGAUGUCGCACUCGUAUAAGCCUCACGAGCAACACUACGACCAUGAGAAGUACAACGAAACUCAAGCUGCAUACGAAGCCGAAGAGUUCGACUUUAUCAUAGUGGGCGGCGGAAGCUCUGGUUCCGUGCUGGCUAAUAGGCUAUCAGAGAUCCCAGAGUGGAAGGUAUUGGUUCUUGAAGCCGGUGAACCAGAGACCGAGUUCACCAAAGUACCGAUGAUGAGGAACUACCUUCAAACGACCCCAUACGUGUGGAACCACAAGACCGUACCUCAAAAACAAGCCUGUCUAGGUAUGACGGACCACCAAUGUACCAUCGAAUCAGGAAGGGCCUUGGGAGGAAGUUCAGCCGUAAACGACAUGUUAUACAUCCGAGGUCACCCGAAGGAUUACGAUCUAUGGGCCGAUGAAGAAAACCUGGGCUGGUGUUGGGCCGACGUCGAAGAUCGCUACAAAAAAAUAGAGGACGCCUACUUGAAGCAUUUUGACAGAAAAUACCACAGAUACGGUGGAAACGUUCAUCUAGAAAACCCUAGGUAUGUAACGCCGAAAAUCAAGGAGCACAUUUUGGGGGCAGCCGAGGAGUUGGGGUUGAACACUGUGGAUUACAACGGUAAACACCAACUGGGUUUCGGCGUUGCGCAGGUUACAACUAAGAACGGUAAGAGAUUUAGCACUGCUGAGGCGUACUUAGAGCCCGCUGUGACGAGACCCAACUUGGUUGUGAGACCGGGUUGUCAGGUAACGAAACUCAUCAUCAGUACGCACACCAAGGAGGCUACAGGUGUCAGAUACAUUCACGAAGGGAAGUUGUUUACGUCCAAAGCCAAGAAGGAGGUUAUUUUAGCCGCGGGCGCCAUAAAUUCAGCCCAACUGCUGUUAUUAUCAGGUGUUGGCCCUAAGGAAGACUUAGAGCAAUUGCACAUAGACGUAGUGUCAGACCUGCCAGUGGGUCUGCAUUUGAAGGACCACAUGGGCUUCAACGGUCUCAACUUCAUUUACAACGACUCUCACGUCGAGCAACAAUUGAAAAAAAUCUUCGGAAACGAAGGGGAGGUUAUAGAUUACCUCAAGAGUGGACACGGGCCUCUGACAAGCGUACCCAACGAGGUAAUAGCUUUCCUUAAGACUGAAGCGUCCAAAGACCACUCGGACUACCCAGAUCUACAGCUACUGUUCACCUCAGACAUUUUUAACCACGGCCACGAGCAUUUGAGGUACCUCAACAUCGACCACGAGGUCUACAACCGCAUGUGGAAGCACUUGGAGGGAUUAAAAGGCUUCAGCAUCAUCUUACGCCUGACGAACCCUAAAUCCAGAGGUCACAUGAAGCUAUUGGACAAAGACCCGCUGCACAAACCUUUGAUAGACCUCAACCUUCUUUCCGAUGAAGACGAAAACGAUCUAGAAACCUUACUAGCCGGCAUCAAGAUAGCCUUUAAGUUGGCUCAAACCAAGUCGAUGCAAAACCUGGGCAUCCACAUCAACACCCACGCAGCUCCAGGCUGCGACAAGCACCUAUUCGACACCAAGGACUUCUGGAUCUGCCAGAUCAAGCAUCUUUCGUACAAUCUCCGACAAGUCAGUGGUACUGCGAAGAUGGGCCCGAAAAGCGACAAAACAGCGGUAGUAGACAACCACUUGAAAGUCUACGGGGUGCACAAGCUCAGAGUGGCCGAUGCGAGUGUUAUUCCUGUCACUAUUACAGGGAACUACUUUGCCGCUGAAGUUUUGAUUGGCGAAAAGGCUUCAGAUAUCAUCAAGGAAGAAUGGAAAUAACUUUACCCAUAGCACUGUAAUUUAUUAUGUAGAAAAUAAAUAA